AUGUUCGCCGUAAGUUUGUUCCCAAUUUUAACGCUAGCUUUAAGUGUCAGUGUCCUGCGAGCGGAUGAAGCAGAUCGAGUGGCCACGUUUGAUUCUGGCGUCACCGCAUCCGAACAACUGCUUACGCAUGCCAUCCGAGAAGGCCACCGGCAGUACGCACACCGAGUGGCUAGUGUUGAAAAGAAUGGCCAGAAAAUGAAGGGCACCAACGAGGGACUGCCGGCUUGGCACCAAUUCCACAGCUCACCAUUCGCGCGAGGAAAGCCUAACCGAGCAACGCCACGGGAUGAGGUCGAACCUUACGAAGAUGUGUUCGUAGCGCGAUCCUUGGCCGAUGCGCUCAAUCUGACGCUCACCGAACGCACCGCGGCCGAUGACUUUGGGUUGGGAGAAGCGAAUCGUCUAAAACGAUGCAUGCCACCGAAACCGUGCGAUCCCCACGCCAAAUACCGUUCGUUCGAUGGUACUUGCAACAACCCGGUCCCCUCUCGGAGCAGUUGGGGUUCCGCUGGUUCUCCUUUCGAACGGCUGCUGCCUCCGGCCUACGAGGACGGGGUGUGGAGUCCGCGGGCACACUCUUCCGCAACCGGGCGACCACUGGCCAGUGCCCGUACCGUCUCGGUAACCGUCUUCCCGGACAACGAUCGUCCGGAUCCAAAGUUUAACCUGCUGAUGAUGCAAUUUGGGCAGUUCGUGUCGCACGAUAUCACGCGUAGCGUCAGUGUCCGCUCUGGGAACGAUGAAAUUCAGUGCUGCUCGUCGGAUCACUCGGCCGCGUUGCCCGCCGAACAGGCACACUUUGCCUGUCUCCCGAUCGAGGUUAGCGCGGACGAUCCAUUCUACUCGAAGUUCGGCAUUCGGUGCCUAAAUUUUGUGAGACUCGCGUUGGCCAGAGACGGAAAGUGUCGGGUCGGGUACGGCAAGCAGGUGGACGUCAUCACACACUUCAUCGAUGGCUCCAUGGUGUACGGAUCGAAUCGCGAGACGGCGGACUCACUGCGCACGUUCUCCGGUGGCCGACUACGCAGUAUCUUCCCAUCCGGCGACGAGCUGCUGCCCACCGAAAGCCGUCCGGACGCUUGCGAGCCGUGGGCGAAAGUAUGCCUGCGGUCCGGCGAUGAUCGCACGAAUCAGAUCAUUUCGCUGACCGGAGUGCACGUGCUGUUCCUCCGUGAACACAAUCGGCUGGCCGCGGGCUUGGCUCACGUUAACCCACACUGGGACGACGAACGAUUGUACCAGGAAGCACGUCGGAUUGUGGUGGCAGAAAUACAGAAGAUCUUCUACAACGAUUAUCUACUGCAAAUCAUGGGACAUGAAAUGGCUCGCCACUACGGCUUAUUGGAUAAUCCUGAUGGGCACACCGAUUCGUACAGUACCGAAGUGAGGCCACUGGUAUUCAAUGAACUGAGCGGAGCGGCCUACAGAUUCGGACAUUCAACGGUGAAUGGAGCUUUUCUGAUACAACAUCGAGAUCGCCGCUCGGAACUGGUACCGAUCCAGGACGUGUUCCUCAACCCCUCCAGGCUGCUGCAGCGAUCGUUUUUCGACGAUCUGCUGUUCUCCAUGAUCGAUGAACCGCAGCAACAGGUAGACGAUUCCAUCACGCACGGUCUGACGAGGUUACUGUUUGCCGGGCGCCUUCCAUUCGGGUCAGAUCUGGCCGCACUCAAUGUCCAACGAGGCCGCGAUCAUGCGCUCCGGCCCUACAACGACUAUCGGGAGUGGGCUGGGUUGCCGCGGAUCAGCAGCUUCGAGCAGUUCGGUCCGGUCGGUGAGCGGUUGGCCGCCGUUUACGAAUCCCCGGAUGAUGUGGAUCUGUGGGUAGGAGGACUGCUCGAGCCACCUGCACCCGGUGGAGCACUGGUCGGCCAAACGUUCGCCUCCAUCUUUGGCGAACAGUUUGCUCGGCUUAAGUUCGGUGACCGGUACUACUACACCAACGGACCGCAGCACAACCCGGGUCACUUUACCGUCCAUCAGCUGCGAGAGCUGGCCAAAGUGUCGCUGGCCACCGUAGUCUGCGCAAACAUUGGCCAUCCGGACGGGUUUUCCGUGCCGCCGAAUGUGUUCCAGCAACCGAGUGGCCACAAUCCGCCCGUACCGUGCGGCUCCUUGCCACCGGUCGACCUGAACGCCUGGAGGGGCGAUCACUGA